UUCAAUUGAAAACCCUUUUGCAGCAGCUAGUUGUGAUCAUAGACACACAUAUAUAGUACAAGAGUGUACGGUGAGUGAUUGCACACGUGUGAACAAUGAGAGAUAUAGGGAAAGUGGUGCAUGGAUUGAAGCCAGCCAUGUUCAUGUUGAUGGUUCAGAUUGCAUUUGCUUCCCUGAAUGUGCUCUACAAACUUGCCAUAAACGAUGGAAUGAGUGUUAGAAUAGUUACUGCAUACCGUCUCAUUUUUGCAGCAGCUUGCACUAUUCCUCUUGCUCUUAUUUUUGAAAGGAAAAACAGACAAAAGCUGACUUGGAGGGUGAUUUUUAAGUCAUUUUUGUGUGGCCUAUUUGGGGGAAGUUUAUUCCAAAACCUUUAUUUCGAGUCCUUGAAAUUGAUUUCAGCUACAUUUGCUUCCGCUGUUUAUAAUCUCGUUCCUGCCGUCACGUUUAUCUUGGCUGUCUCUUGCGGCUUCGAAAAAUUAAAUUUGCAAAGAGCAGCAGGCAAGGCUAAAGUGUUAGGAACGAUAACAGGAGUUGGCGGGGCAAUGAUGCUGACCUUUCUCAAAGGUGUAGAAAUUAACAUUUGGACCUUCCACAUUAACCUUUUGCAUAAGAAGGGUCCCACGGGACCACUAAAUGGUGACUCUGGUAGUAAAAUUCUAGGGAUUUUUUGUGGUCUUGGAAGCUGCUUCUGUUUUGCAUUAUGGCUCAUCAUUCAGGCUCAGAUGAGCAAAGAAUUCCCAAGCCACCUCUCAAGUACAGCUUUGAUGUCCUUCAUGGGGGCAAUCCAAGCCACUGUUUUUGCCUUGUGUGUUGAGAAGGAUUGGAGCCAAUGGAGGUUGGGUUGGAGCAUUAGGCUUCUAACUGCAGCAUAUUCGGGAAUUGUAGCCUCUGGAAUAAUGGUUGUUGUCAUUGCAUGGUGUGUACGGAUGAGAGGUCCAUUAUAUGCUUCUAUUUUCAAUCCUCUGAUGCUUGUGCUUGUGGCGGUUGCUGGUUCCUUGAUGUUGGAUGAGAACCUAUACUUAGGGAGUGUAAUUGGAGCAAUGCUAAUUGUGAUUGGAUUGUACAUGGUGCUGUGGGGUAAGAGCAAAGAAAUGAAAAAAGUGACUGGUCACUUAGAAACUACUCCAGAAUUACAAGAAAUCGAGGUUGUUGUCACGUCUACGGCAGCAGAACAUGAUAAAGGUAUGGGCAGCAACGACAACAACACCUGUAGCAAGAACAAUUUGGUUGGCAAGGAUGAUGAUAAUGCAUCAAAAAGUGAAGACGAAGGACGAGACAAGGAAAAUAAUGGAAAAGAAGAUAUGGCUGAGUGAAGUCUCAAAAGUACAACAAAUAAUAGAAUGACAGGGUACAUGUUGGAGUUGGAUGCAAACCCAUCUUUUCCACUUGCCAACUACUGUGAAAAGAUUUGCUACUUUACCCUCAUAGAUGAAACUUAUCCAUGCCCACUUUUAAUAAUUUUAAU